AGGGAAAAUAUCUCUGUACCCUCAACGCACGCUGUCCUCUCCUUCCAACUUCUUGGUGGAUUUGUUUGAAUAAAAGCAAGCGCAGGGACUCCCUCUCAGAGAGAGUGAUUCACGAGUUCCGUCACCGUCUUCCUAUCUAUAUAUCUCUCUGCUACUCUAAAAAUCUGGACCACACCCCCCCCCCCCCCUCCUCUCCAAAAACAAAACCAGCUGUGUGGGUGUGCUGUGGUGGGUAAAGCUUCACGGGUUCUAGCCUAUUUUCCAGUCUCUUCCUUCAACCACCUGCUUCUCUUCAAUCUAGUGGCCCACGUUGAGCCACGUCGCGCCUUCACCGCUUCUCUUCCAGCUUGAUCUUGAUUAGGGUUUUGUACUCAGCCAUUUGGCGUAUUGAGUUUCUUAUAACAUCCCCACAACAAUGAUAUAAUGUGAGAGAAGGAUAUUGAGCUUGUGCGUUAGUGCCUGGCGUUUUUUUAGAGAGAGAGACAGAGAGAGAGAGAGCUAGAGAGAUAAAGAGAGAGAUGGAUCGGUCGGCGAUCACUGUGGGGCCGGGCAUGGACAUGCCGAUCAUGCACGAUAGUGAUCGGUACGAACUGGUGAAAGAUAUCGGCUCGGGAAAUUUCGGGGUGGCUAGGCUGAUGAGGGACAAGCAGACCGAGGAGCUGGUCGCCGUGAAGUACAUUGAGAGGGGUGAGAAGAUAGAUGAGAAUGUACAGAGGGAAAUUAUAAACCACAGGUCCUUGAGACAUCCCAACAUUGUUAGAUUCAAAGAGGUCAUAUUAACACCAACUCAUCUAGCUAUUGUGAUGGAAUAUGCCUCUGGAGGAGAGCUCUUUGAACGGAUAUGCAAUGCUGGGCGGUUCAGUGAGGACGAGGCGCGCUUCUUCUUCCAGCAACUUAUAUCAGGAGUUAGCUACUGUCAUGCAAUGCAAGUAUGCCAUCGUGACUUGAAAUUGGAGAACACAUUAUUGGAUGGAAGUUCGGCUCCUCGUUUAAAGAUUUGUGAUUUUGGGUACUCCAAGUCCUCAGUGCUGCAUUCACAACCAAAAUCAACCGUUGGCACUCCUGCAUAUAUUGCUCCAGAAGUGUUACUGAAGAAAGAAUAUGAUGGCAAGAUUGCAGAUGUGUGGUCUUGUGGGGUGACCUUAUAUGUCAUGUUGGUGGGUGCAUACCCUUUCGAGGAUCCUGAAGAGCCUAAAAACUUCCGCAAGACAAUUCAUCGAAUUUUGAAUGUCCAGUACUCAAUUCCUGACUACGUUCAUAUAUCUCCAGAGUGCCGCCAUUUGAUCUCGAGGAUAUUUGUAGCUGACCCUGCAAAGGUAAAUAGGUCCGAAGUUGUGAGAUUUUAUGGAAUUGGCAUGCAUACACAUACCUAAUCCUGCCUUCCUGAAGAAUUUUGACAGUUGCAGCGGUUACCUCCAGUUGCAUAGCUCAUGGACCGAAAUGACCCCCUCAAUAUACCCACCCACCAAAGAAAAAGUUAUUGCUGUUCUUCGGAUUGUAAGCAUUUAUAGGAGUUAAUUUGUUGUUUUUAAGUGGUGUAAAUGUGUUUUUCACCUCUUAUUCGCCUACUUGCUCACUGACUGAGUGAGAUAAGUGUCAAACUAUCCUACUCCAGCAACUUUAAGGAUUCUAGACAGUGCUGUGGGUGGAUGCUUUUAAUCUCCAUUGACACUUCCCAUUCUCAUUGGCUGCACAAAAAUAUCCAAGAUUCUUUACCCAUCCCCUUCCUUUUAUCUGAUUUCCUCUUCAUGUUUCCAUUUGUAGACCCAGUUAUGAUAAAAUAUAUUGAACUUAUUAUUGUUUUAGAAUUGGAAAUUAAGGUUACCUGUGCCUAGCAAUGGUCAAGAUCUUUCUAAAUGCUAACCUCCCCUGGAUUUUGCUUGGCUUGUGGCUUGUCUGAUCUGUAACUGACGACAAAGUAUAUGUGCAUGUUUUUCCAAAUCUUGGUGCUUUCUGUUCUGUGCCUUGCUUUCCCGAGUCUGAUUAAGGUUUUGGCUGAAUAUUGACUUUCUAAUUUACAUUCCCACGAAUUCACUUGG